GGUCGUGGCCGCGAAUGGCGGCGGAGGCGGCGCCGGAGUGGGUGGAGAAGGGGGACAACGCGUGGCCGCUAGCGGCGGCGACGCUGGUGGGGCUGCAGAGCGUGCCGAGGCUGGUGAUCCUGUACGGCGACUGCGGCGCGGUCGGUCCGAGGACGGAGAAGGACAGGGAGGCGUUCCCGCCGAACAACGUCCUGCUCACGCUCGCCGGAGCGGGGCUGCUGCUGUGGAUGGGGUGGACGGGGUUCAACGGCGGCGCGCCGUACGCCGCCAACGUCGACGCGUCGGUCACCGUCGUGAACACGCACCUCUGCACGGCGACGAGCCUCCUGGUGUGGCUCCUCCUCGACAGCUUCGUCUUCGGCCGCCUCUCCGUCAUCAGCGCCGUGCAGGGCAUGAUCACCGGCCUCGUCUGCGUCACCCCGGCGGCCAGGCUGGUGCCGGGCUGGUGAUGGGCGGCUCUCCGGCCGUGGUUCACCAUGAAGGUGCUGCACAAGCGGAGCCGCCUCCUGGCGCGCGUCGACGACACGCUCGCCGUGCUCCACACCCACGGCGUCGCCGGCAGCCUCAGCGGCGUCCUGACGGGGCUCCUGCUCCUCGCCGAGCCGCGCUUCGCCAGGCUCUUCUUCGGCGACGACCCGCGCUACGUCGGCCUCGCGUACGCUGUCAGGGACGGCCGCGCCGGCUCGGGGCUCCGGCAGGUCGGCGUGCAGCUGGCCGGGAUCGCGUUCGUGGUGGCGCUCAACGUCGCCGUGACGAGCGCCGUGUGCCUGGCCGUCAGGGUGGCCGUGCCGCAGCUCGCCGGCGGCGGCGACGCCAUACACGGCGAGGACGCGUACGCGGUGUGGGGCGACGGCGAGACGUACGAGCAGUACUCCGUGCACGGCGGCGGCAGCAACCACGGCGGCUUCCCCAUGACGGCCAAUCCCGUGGCGUCCAAAGCCGACGAGAUGAUAUGGAUAUAAGGUGUUUUGACUUUGGUCAUGUUUAGAUAAUAUAUUAAACUUAGUUAAAUUUAAAGUAGUUUAAUUUUGUCUAAAGUCAAAACGUGCUAUAACCUAAAACGGAGGGAGUAUUUGCUAAGGGAAAUGCUAUAGUAAGGGCAUACAGUUACGGGAAUUAAAUUUGAAAACAUAUAUUUUUUCAAUAUUUUGCGUUUAUAUAUCUGCAUAGAAAAUAUUUGCACAAAUAUAUCUCUCCGCACGACUGGACGCGGCACCAAAACGGUGCCGCGCUUCCAUUCCGC